GGAAUGGCUCGGUUUGGAGGCAGAUUGAUUUACUAAGAGGAGUACAGAUAAGAGAAGAUAGAGAAAUACUCCACUUGCAAACACUGGCAUCUGUGAACCAAGAGGAGAGAACAGAACAGGAGCGAGUGAGAUGGCUUGGUUUGCCUUUUACUGCCUGAACCUUCUCUGGGCUAUGGCUGGACCCAGCAGUCAGACCCAGAGCUCAUGCUCUGCUCCCUCAGCACAGCAGCCCUUGGUCAAUGACAUCCAAGUGUUCAUGGAGAACUCCGUGACCUCAUCAUCCUUCCCAAACCCCAGCAUCCUGAUUGCCAUGAACCUGGCUGGAGCCUACGAUGUGGAAACCCAGAAGCUCCUGACUUAUAAGCUCAUGGCCAGCGACACCUCUGACCUCACCAUUGGUCAGCUCGCCCUCACCAUUAUGGCCCUCACCUCCUCCUGCCGAGACCCUGGGAAUAAAGUAUCCAUUCUGCAAAGACAAAUGGAGAACUGGGCACCGCCAAGUCCCAACGCUGAAAUAUCAGCCUUCUAUGGGCCCAGUCUGGCGAUCUUGGCUCUGUGCCAGAAGACUUCUGAGACAGUCUUACCAAUAGCAGUCCGCUUUGCCAAGACCCUGCUGGCCAACUCCUCUCCAUUCAACGUGGACACAGGUGCAAUGGCGACCUUGGCUCUGACCUGUAUGUACAAUAAGAUCCCAGUGGGUUCAGAGGAAAGCUACAGAGUCCUCUUUGGGCAGGUGCUGAAGGAUAUUGUGGAGAAUAUCAGCAUGAGGAUCAAAGACAAUGGCAUAAUUGGAGACAUCUACAGCACAGGCCUGGCCAUGCAGGCUCUCUCUGUGACACCUGAGAAACCUAACAAGGAGUGGAACUGCCAGAAAACUAUGGAUACAAUACUGGAUGAGAUUAAGCAGGGGAAAUUCCACAACCCCAUGUCCAUCGCCCAAAUCCUCCCUUCCCUGAAGGGCAAGACAUACCUAGAUGUGCCCCAAGUCAUCUGUAUCCCUGAUCAUGAGGUGCAACCAACUCUCCCCAACCUCCCCAGCCCUGUUCCCACCUCAGCAUCCAACAUCACUGUCACAUACACCAUAAAUAACCAGCUGAGGGGGAUAGAGCUGCUCUUCAAUGUGACCAUUAAUGUCAGUGUGAAGAGUGGAUCAGUGCUCCUUGUUGUCCUAGAAGAAGCACAGCGCAAAAAUCCCAUGUUCAAAUUUGAAGCCACAAUGACAUCUUGGGGACUUUACAUCUCUUCUAUCAACAAUAUUGCAGAAAAUGUUAAUCACAAGACAUACUGGCAGUUUCUUAGUGGCAAAACACCUUUGAACAAAGGCGUUGCUGAAUACAUACCCUUCAACCAUGAGCACAUAACAGCCAAUUUCACACAGUACUGAGGAGGAGUUGGGCUCGGCUUCUACCAAACAACCCCAAAGGAUGAGUGGAAUGUUUUUCACAUUUCAAAUCUAUGCAAAAAAGCAGGUAUCUAUGAUGCUACUAUAUUCCUGGUAAAAACAGGGGGAAACACUAUGCAUCCAUACAAUAAAUGAUACAAAGUUACUUAGAGUCUCAACAUUUGUGGCCCAUAAAAAUAAAAAGUCUAACUUCUCAAUGCA